AUGGAGAAAAAGAAUGUUCUCUACCAAGGAGCAUUGUGCAAGCCAAAAGAAAAACCAGAACAAACAAUUGUUCAAACAAAGGCUAAGAUAAGUUAUGCUUUAGACAAACUAGUCCCUAAUUUAUCCAUCACUAGUAUGAUGCACUUAUCUCUGUCAAAAGGUGUUGAAACAUGUCUUACUAAGGAGCAUACAUCCAUAGGAGAAGAACCACCAGAAAUAACCUUGCAAAGGACCAGGAGCAAGCUCAAGACACAAUGCAAUUCAUGGUUCUUAAGGAACUGA